CAGAAAAUUAUCAGUCUCUCCGCACUUUGCGAUUUAGCGACCACACGUAUCUCUAUAGUAUUAUUACUGUUGCGGUUACGGCUAGCUGAUCACCGUCUGAUAUUACAUAGAGCAACUAUGAGUAGCUGGGGUGGAGACUGGAAUCGAGAUGGAGGAGGAAGGCGUGAUGAUCGUGGAGGGGGAUAUGGCGGUGGUGGAGGAGGUGGUUCCAGGGAGUGCUACAAGUGUGGGAAAGAUGGCCACUUUGCUAGAGAAUGUCCAGAUUCUGAAGGCGGUGGAAGAGGCGGCGGCGGCGGCGGUGGCGGCGGCGGUGGUGGCAGGGCAUGCUACAAAUGUGAUGAGGAAGGCCACAUAGCAAGAGAUUGCCCUCAAGGUGGUGGCUAUUCUAGAGGCGGAGGCGGAGGCGGAGGCGGAGGCGGAGGCUUCAGUAGAGAGGGCAGAUAUGAAGGCGGCGCAGCAAGGAGGGACGAGGGUGGCUUGAUCACCAUGAUGGUCCCCAAUAGAGAUCUGGGACGUAUCAUCGGAAAAGGUGGAUGCAAAAUCAGAGAGCUGCAAGAUAACUCAAGCGCCAGAAUAAAUAUUCGCAAGGAUGAUUCAGAUGGUAGAGAAACACCAGUGGACCUUAUUGGGAGCCCUGAUUCUACCAGUAUGGUAAAAGGCAUGAUUGACGAGGUUCUGCAGUCAAAUCCGAGAGGUUAUGGAUAUAGUUAGAGACUGUGCUUGACACUCUGAGAAAAAAAAGAUUUUGGCCACCAGAAAUUUAUUUCUUCUGGCCCAAAAUGAAAAGUGGUAGCCCAAUUUUCCAUUGGUAUUUUUUUGGUUAAACUAUAAAUCAUAACCAUAACGACACAUAGUAAUAUGAUACAUCAUACUUGUAUGUAUUGUGUAUGCAGUAUUUGUAUGGAUGUGGCGCCAGAAACUUGUAUGUAUUCUAUUUGGUGAUAUGGGCCGGUGGCCUUCUUUACCUGAAUAAAGAAAAUUUGAACCAUAAGUUACCACACACAA